AUGGAGUACAAGAUCGACUGGAUAUUUCCUAAAUUACGAAAACCAUAUCGGCUGUGCUGGAAUAUCGCAAGUUCAAUAACUGUCGUUGCUGUUGGGAUUUUUAGCAAAAUAUUUUUAGAAUGGCUCAAUACAACCAAAGUAUACAAUCGGGAGGUAAUAUCUACAGCUUUAGACAAGAGGCCAAAAAAUAUCCCUCUUAUCACUGUUUCCAAUCAUCACUCGUGUUUUGAUGAUCCUGGUUUAUGGGCCAGCCUUGAAUGGAGACACCUACUGAAUCGGAGAAAAAUGCGCUGGUCGUUAGCAGCUCAUGAUAUUUGUUUCACGAACACAUUUCAUUCAUAUUUCUUUAUGCUCGGCAAGUGUGUGCCAGUUGUAAGAGGAAAUGGUGUCUAUCAAGAUGCCGUAAACUUCUGCAUUGAGAAGCUAAAUCAAGGUGAAUGGGUCCAUGUAUUUCCAGAAGGUCGUGUAAAUAUGACCAAAGAGUUAAUUCGUUUAAAAUGGGGUGUGGGGCGCAUGGUGUACGAAUCCCCCACAGUGCCUCUAAUAAUCCCCAUGUGGCAUGAGGGUGCAGACACCGUGUUACCAAAUGAGCCUCCAUAUUACCUCAGGGUAGGGAAGAAGGUGACCCUAGUUUAUGGUGAACCUAUAGAUCUGUCAGUGCUGGUGAAAGAUUUAAAGCAAAGAAAGGCUACAGAAAUUGAAGCGCGAAAGGCCAUUACUGAUGCCAUUCAAAAUGAGCUAAUGAAGCUGAAGGAAAAAACAGAGAAAAUCCAUUUGACAUCUUGACAUAUGCUUUUUUAUCACUGUAAGUGAUGAUGCUUCGAAUCUUCGAUCCAGAUCCAUUGUAGUGUUGUGUAUGUUUUUUUAAUUAUUAUUAUUAUUAUUAUUAUUAUUGUUUCUAAGUUGUUUUGUUACAUAAUUUUAAUGGUCCAGCCCAGGGUCUAUGUUAAAUUUUUGACAACAUUAUAGUAACCUGUUUUAUUCAGGGACUUGCCUAUAAAUUAUUUAACUCUUUUGUUCAGCUUCAAGUGGAAGCUUAUGCAAUGGAUGUGGAAUUAAUUUGCAGAAAACCAAAGCUAUGCUGAGAUAUAAAGUAACAUUAAGUGGUUGGCUUUCAGUUGAGAACAAAUUAUGCAGUACAAAUAAAAGGCAUGUCUAGUCUGCCAUUUAAGGCAUUUUGGUAUAUCCAUUCCUCUCCUGCUGCCUUUUUAAAUCCACUGCAAGUGCAUUCUCUUUAUCUCAUUUCCUAUAUCAUUAUUCUUGUGUCCUCUAUUCAUGCUCGAUAGUAAUUGUUACAAUGACUGCACAUUGCACUCAAAGAAUUCCCACCUUUUUCUUGGAUUUAUCUGUUAACUGUGUAUUGACUUUACCUCACAUGAAAAUGUACAUGUGGAUGUUGCGCAGAUUGGAUUUCUUGUCUGUUUAUAUCACUCUAACUAAAGAAAUCUAAAAUUUGUGCUUAGUAUGUACCUUAUCAAAGAUAACUUGACGUUCCCAAGUAGAUAUAGAUUUUUGUUGUGAAAAAAAAAGUUUUGUUCAAAGGGUUGUGUUUAUACACUGGGGAAAUUGGGUUAGUUAAAUUAUGAGAUCGUAUUAACAUGGUUGAAUCAGCUAGAUGAAAUUGACAGUAUGUAUAAACAAACUGAACAUUUUGGGAGGGGCUGGGGAGGGGGGUAGAUUUUCACUCAUGUAGUAUGCCUUAACAGCAGACUGUAUUCUGGUUAUAAGAUUAGCAUGAUAUACUAAUUUUCUUUCAUCUUAUUUAUUAUUGGCAAUGAUACACUUACUUCCUAAGCUCUGCUAUGCAGCAGACAGAAGAUCUGUGUGACUCCUGUUGAUGGUACUGUUUUUUGUUUGUAUUUGUUACGCAACCCAUGAAGGGCCUUUAAUGUGAUUCAAAAACAUUUUAAGCAGUAUUCAGAACUUAACUUUCUGAACCAUUUUUUUUUUUUUUACAAAUCAUACAACUGAUGCAGAUGUUGGUUGUGUGGUAUGAGAUCUGUAGAAUGUCCAGUGAAAGGUAACAUAGUAGUCACUGUAGGAUUGAUCUUCCAUUUUUUAUGUUCUGCCUAUUACAAUACAAUUCUUUCUGGUGCCUAAUGUAUGUAAUGAUCUACAUUGGACUGAUAUUUGAACGCCUUAGACAAUUGUGCUAGAAAUCAGGACAGUAUUUUGGAAAAUAUUCCAUUAUUUUAAAAUUAAUAAAUAUACACUUAAAAUGAAAACAACCCAUUUAAAUAUUCCUACUUUUAUAAGCUAAAAAUUCAAAAAGGUGGUAGUGAUAAACUGGAGUUUAUAUUUUCUAAAUUGAGUGAGAUGUUUGAUAGUAGUUCAAAUACAAACUUUUAAGUGCUCAACCCAUUUUUUAGCUUAUGCCAGUAAAAUGCGAUUGAAGUUACAACUUGAAGUUGGUCGUUGCCAAAACACAUAAAUAGCCACAUUAAUAGCCUGGUGAAUUAGGGGGACCAUGAAUAGAUGCUUUCUGCUCCACUUUGGUAGCAAAAACACUUUCAAUCUUGAGACUAAUGAAACUAGUAAGACCAAAUACAAACAAUACAAUUUUAUAAGAAGUGUGAGUAGUAGCUUUUCUUGUUUCAGCAAUGAGCACACAAGCAACAAGUAUGAUAAAUUAUUAGUGUCAUUCCAUAAAGGCUAUUGGCUUGUUUCUACAAUGCUGCUUCACUCUGCACAUCUCAAACGUCAAGCUAGAAACUUGCAAAAUCUACACCAGAUAGGGCGGCUCACAGAUAAUAAAAUCUAUUGUACAAUUUUAUCAGUCAAUAAAUACGCUCUCUGCUUUA